AUGUCUGGCAUGUAUGCAUUGGGGAACCUAGUUCCAAAGACUCCCAACAGUAGUAGUGAUGAUACCGAAACAGUAUGGAUUGCUCCUAAUGCAGCAGUGAUUGGUAAUGUGAUUCUGGAACCAGACGUUAGUGUUUGGUUUGGAGUGGUCAUCCGUGGUGACAUUGCGAAUCAGCCCAUUCACAUUGGUGCACGUACCAACAUUCAAGAAUGCGCCGUCUUGCAUCACGAUGCGAACUAUCCAUUGACCAUUGGCAAGGGUGUCACGGUUGGUCACAAGGCCAUGCUACAUGGGUGCAGUAUCGGGGACAAUACUCUGAUUGGUAUGAAUGCCACCAUAUUGAAUGGGACCAAGAUUGGCAAGAACUGUAUUAUUGGAGCAAAUACAUUGAUUCCAGAGCGGAAAGUGAUUCCUGAUAACUCGUUAGUGGUUGGUUUACCAGGGAAAAUUGUUCGAAAGCUCACCGACGAACAAGCCCAAGCGUUGGAAGCAUCUGCAGCAUACUACGUGAACAAUGGGAAGAGAUUUAGUCAACAACUCCGUCCCAUUUCGCCAGCGAUGUCAAAGUUGUAA